UUCUCUGCUUUUUUCACUGAACGACGCAACUCCACCAGAUCCAGACAAAAGGCUACACAUCCGCCACGUCGCACUUCACCAGCCAACGCCACGUGUCUCCUUCACAACUCGUCGAAAAAAAGCAUUCCGCGAAUGGCGGCUUCGUCGCUCUCAUCUCCUCUCUCAAUCUCAAACCCACUUCGCAGAUUCAGCCUUCACAUUCACCAUCUCUCUAAGCCGAAACCCAUUCCCUCUCUGAUCCUCUGCUCCGCCGCAAAAAUGAACGGCCAUAUCUACCGUGUUCCUGGGCUCGACGAGGAAGAGAUGGACUCCGUCGCCGGAAAAACGUUUGAGAGAUACGCAUUGCCUUCUUCCGCGAAGAGAAACGGCAAAGGAACCGCGAUUGUCUGGUUUAGGAACGAUCUCAGAGUGCUCGACAACGACGCUCUGUACAGAGCUUGGUCUUCCUCCGAUACGCUUUUGCCUGUUUACUGUCUCGAUCCUCGUCUCUUUCUCACUACUCAUUUCUUCGGCUUCCCUAAAACCGGAGCUUUAAGAGGUGCUUUUCUGAUGGAAUGUUUGGCUGAUUUGAGAAAGAAUCUGAUGAAAAGAGGAUUGAAUCUUCUUAUUCGGAGUGGUAAACCGGAAGACAUUCUUCCUUGUCUUGCCAAAGAUUUUGGAGCUCAUACAGUGUUUGCUCAUAAAGAAACGUGCAGUGAGGAGCUACAGGUUGAAAGACAUGUGAAUCAAGCUUUGAAAGGGGUUGGAAAUGGCACUAAGCUUGAGCUCGUUUGGGGAAGCACCAUGUACCACAAGGAUGAUCUUCCAUUUGAUGUUCUUGAUUUGCCAGAUAUCUACACUCAGUUUCGUAAGUCGGUGGAAGCCAAGUGUAGGAUCAGAAGCCUUACUCGCAUUCCAAUUUCUCUAGGGCCAACACCUUCUGUUGAUAACUGGGGAGAUGUUCCAACUCUUGGUGAAGUUGGAAUCGAGCCACAAGAGGUGACCAGAGGAAUGCGAUUCGUGGGUGGUGAAAGCGCAGGAGUAUGCAGAGUUUUUGAGUACUUUUGGAAGAAGGCAAGAUCAAGUCCUGAAAUUUUCCGGCGUCUACUAAGGCGAUGUUUGUGCGUGUACAUAAUGUUGUAUGAUCUUUUGAAAGUAUAUAAAGAGACGAGGAACGGAAUGUUGGGACCUGAUUAUUCGACGAAAUUCUCUCCAUGGCUUGCCUUUGGGUGCAUCUCUCCUCGGUUUAUCUACGAAGAGGUUCAAAGAUAUGAAAGCGAAAGAGUAGCAAAUAAUUCAACAUACUGGGUGCUGUUUGAGUUAAUAUGGAGGGAUUACUUUAGAUUUCUUUCGAUUAAGUGUGGAAACUCUCUCUUCCAUCUAGGUGGUCCAAGAAAUGUGCAAGGGAAAUGGAGUCAAGAUAUAAUGCUAUUUGAGUCUUGGAGAGACGGCAAGACCGGGUAUCCUAUUAUAGAUGCAAACAUGAAGGAGUUAUCCACUACAGGUUUCAUGUCAAAUCGAGGCCGACAGAUUGUUUGUUCGUUUCUCGUACGGGACAUGGGCUUGGACUGGCGCAUGGGUGCGGAAUGGUUUGAGACAUGUCUAUUGGACUAUGAUCCGUGUUCUAAUUACGGAAACUGGACCUAUGGAGCAGGAGUUGGAAAUGAUCCCCGAGAAGACCGGUACUUCAGCAUUCCCAAACAAGCACAGAAUUAUGAUCCAGAAGGAGAAUACGUUGCGUUUUGGGUGCAGCAGCUGCGUCGGCUUCCAAAAGAGAAGAGGCAUUGGCCUGGGAGAUUGAUGUAUAUGGACACAGUUGUGCCGUUGUUGCAUGGUAAUGCUCAAACUUCUGGAAGGUCCAAGUCUGGUGGUUUCAGAGGGAGUCACAGUGGGAGAAGUUCAAGAAACAAUGGUCGUCCUUAG